UGGCGCACAAUACUGAGCAAAGAGUGGACCAUUUGAGCGGUGGUGAGAAUUUUCUCAAAAGAAGUGAAUUGUGUGAGGAGGAGGAUGUGAUGGCAUCUGCUGGAGCGUAAGCGGGAUGGAAGGCAAACGCCCCGAAAAAGCGACGGAGAAAUUUUCGCAAAACGGGCAGGAUAUAUCGAAAUGUCAGUUGUCAGGAUGGGUGUUAUGUGUGUGAGAGUGUUGGUGGAAAAAUGUUCUAUUUAUCCAGUAUUUAUUCACAUAUACAUCAGCGAUCUGGGUUGAGAUUGUUGUCGAUGAGCAACGCAUCGAUGAUGAUUUCAAAACUACCUUUGAGCGUUUUGUAAAUUGUGCCAUUUCUUUGCUGGCGUCCUGAUGGCUUUUUUGCGCCACGAUAUAAAUUCGUCAUUUCGUUCACUUACACCGCCAACAGUGUGCUCAAUGUGCUUUGCAGACUUGAUCUGAGCAGUGACUGUGCAAUUUUUUUGUUUUAUUUAAACUUGUGACCACCUUGUGACCAUAUUGUGACUUUUUUUUUACCAAAAGCAAAAAAUUAAUUAAAAACCCAAUUUUUUGCUUUUGAAAAACAGUGAACAUGAUUCAAGGAUUUUGCCGCAAUCAUUACUACAUAUCUGAUCUGUGAAAAAGAGCCCACGAGGAAUGUACCCUUGCAGCCCACCAGCUACACCCACUGUUCUAAAGAGCCCCCGAAUGGAGUCAGCUGCGGCAUGCGAACUGAAGCCCUCCCAGAGAUCCCCAGGAUGCUCCCUCAAAUUCUCCAUUGCAAAAAUCAUGGAACCAGACAAGGGUACAACGCGAAAGCCCUCACCACCCCUCACUGUGGACUCGGCUGAGGGCAGUGAUACAGAAAGCAAUGGCCCAACCUAUGACUCGGCCUUUAAGAAGUACGUCCCAGUUCAUCAGCUUGUGAGUUCGCGACAUCAGGAGCUGCUUAAUCAGUACCCUCUGCUCUACUACCCAAACCAAUUGAUGUGCGCCGCAGCUGCUGCCCAGUAUGCAGCUCUAACUCAGCAUUCUGGGCUGUUGUCGAAUUCCGAAGGAGGUUUUCAUGGCCUAACAUCCUUGACCGGUACAACGGUUAAUCCCUUUGUAUCCACUAGUCACUCAUUUAAACGUUCCCAUCCGCCUACGACUACAGAAAAGUCCCAUCAUGCUUCGGGUCCUCUUGCUAAGCACGGGUCUAACCUGGCUAGGGAGAAAGAUACUGGGAUAACAUGCAGUGGAGGGGGAGCAGAUGCUGGAGCGGGGAAACAGAAAACGUUCUCAUGUCAGGAAUGUGGGAAGGUCUUCAAUGCCAUGUACAACUUGACGAGGCAUAUGCCUGUUCACACAGGAGCAAGGCCAUUCGUCUGCAAGAUCUGCGGAAAAGGAUUUCGGCAGGCAUCGACACUCUGUCGUCAUAAAAUCAUUCACACAUCUGAGAAGCCCCAUAAAUGUCACACGUGCGGUAAGGCCUUCAAUCGCUCAUCCACCCUGAACACCCAUACCCGAAUCCAUGCAGGGUAUAAGCCUUUCGUGUGUGAAUUUUGUGGGAAGGGUUUCCAUCAGAAGGGCAACUAUAAAAAUCACAAAUUGACACACAGCGGCGAUAAAGCAUAUAAGUGCACCAUCUGCAAUAAAGCCUUCCAUCAGAUCUAUAACCUCACCUUCCACAUGCACACCCACAACGACAAGAAGCCAUUCACCUGUAAGAUAUGCUCUAAGGGCUUCUGCCGCAAUUUUGACCUCAAGAAGCACAUGCGAAAGCUCCAUGAACCUGGCUCUGAGCAGCGUCUUGAACGCUCUGAGAGACAAUCUAGUGAAGGUAGUUCGGGUCCACCAACUAGUUGGUCCCUGCCUCCAACAUCAGGUACCAAUCUACACCAUCAGUCGCCUCUAAACUACCCCACUAGCUCCUUUAUGCUCUCAGCGGGCGCUCCAAGCCUCGAUGCUCCCUUCAUAGCCAAGGUCUUUUGACAUAAGUACUACAACUUGCACCAGCAAGGAAGCCUCAAGAACUGCCUGGGCAAUUGAUAGGGACGCAACCAUGCAAAGUGAAUUGUGCAAUAAACCAUCCGGGACAUGCUUCCACCGUGGAAUCUCUAGGUAAUUGACUAUCUGUGUAGAAAGGACGAAGACGAACCUUAGACAUUGUGCUACAAUUGAUUGUAUAUAAUACUGUAGAUAUUGUAUUUCUUGAGAAGUUUUAGAAUGAUCCAGGAAGGGGAGAGUGAACAUUAAAUUUUUAUGAAUUUCUAUUGA